UCUUCCAUUCUAAUACAGCUUUGCUUUUUAUUUAUUCUCUACGACCAUGACUAACGAAAUAGCCCAUGAUCUCUCUCCUUUCCUCAGACUAUACAAAGAUGGCCGAGUAGAGCGACUCAAAGGCACCGACGUCGUCCCUCCAUCACUCGAUCCCAAAACCGGCGUCGAAUCCAAAGACGUCGUCAUUUCCGCCGAAACAGGCUUAUCUGUUAGGCUCUACAUCCCCAAAACCGCCAUUAAUGCACCCAAAAAGCUUCCUCUUCUCGUUUACUUCCACGGAGGCGGUUUCUGCAUCGAAACCGCCGCCUCUCCGACCUACCACAAUUACUUAAACCCCUUAGUCGGCCAAGCAAAUAUCGUGGCGGUCUCCGUAGAUUACCGAAGAGCUCCCGAGCACCCUGUUCCGGUCGCUUACGACUACUCGUGGGAAGCCCUUAAGUGGGUAAGCUCUCAUGUCCAAGGACAAGGCUCCUCUGAAUGGCUGAAUUCCCAUGCAGACUUAGAAAAUGUCUUCUUCUCCGGUGAUAGCGCCGGAGCAAACAUCGCGAACAACAUGGCGAUUCGUGUAGGAUUAUCGGAGGAAAAGAUCGGUAUUAAGCUCAGAGGGAUCAUUUUAGUGCAUCCGUAUUUCUGGGGCAAGGAACUUGUAGGUGAAGAAGCGCAUGGUCCUGAAGUGAAGGCGAUGAUAGAUAAUUUCUGGCUGCUGGCAUGCCCAUCAUCAACGGGCGGGUCGGACGACCCGUUUAUAAACCCGGAGAAGGAUCCGAAUUUGGGUAGACUGGGGUGUGAGAGAGUGCUUGUUUGCAUUGCCGAGAAAGAUAUUUUCAAGGAGAGAGGAAGGCAUUACGUGGAGUUGGUGGAGAAAAGUGGUUGGGGAGGGACUGUGGAGUUGAUGGAAGCCAAAGGGGAAGACCAUGUCUUCCAUUUGUUCAACCAUAAUUGUGAAAAUGCCAUAGCCAUGCUCAACAAAAUCGUUUCCUUCAUUUUCUUCCAGCAGAAAAAUAUCUGAUAUUUGGCAUCGUUAUAUAUCAAUUUUCUCAAUCAGUGAUCGGAGAAAAUAAAAGUUUGUGGCGCAUUGUAUUUUGCUUUUAUCAGUUUGUUCGCUGAAUUGGUCAA